AUGGGAAUUGGCUGGUCCCUGCAUAAUAGGGAUGGAACACAGAUACUUCAUGGUUCGGGUGCUAUACACCCAACCCAAAGUCCAACAGAAGCCGAAGCGGAGGCCCUUCGUCUUGCAGUUCUUGAUCUUCGUCGACUGGGUUAUUCACAUGUCACAUUCUGCGGAGAUCUCAAGCUCAUAUAUGAUACGCUGCAAAGAUGUGCACUACGGGGAAACAAUGCAUCAUGGAAGUACCUCCAUAUUGCAACCUAUCUAGCUGACGUUCUUAAAAUCUCAAAGCUUUGCAGCUUUAACUUUAUUCAUAUUUCUCGUGACGCAAAUGAUAUAGCAGAUAGGUUAGCAAAACAGGCUCGAUGUAAUGGUCUUGACUAUGUAAUUUGUUGGACUUCAUCUUCUCUUGUUUUGAAUGUGAAACAACGUAAUUACGUAACUGAUAUCUACAAUGAUGUCAACAAUAUUAGCAGCAUCAAUGCCUUCCAAGAUUUAGCAGGGUCAUUGGAUGAACUCAAAACAACAAGUUUCAUUGUCGUUUUGACGUUCUGGGUUUGUUUCCUUAUUAAGACUCCGAUCAAAUUUCGAAUCGAGGGGACAACGCCAUCAUUCUCUGGAUCUGUUUUCGCCCUUCUCCACGAUUCAGUUUCAGGCACUUUUAUCUCUAUGGAUGCCAAAAUGUUUGACACAAUCUGCUCGAGAGAUGCGAUCAGCUGGCUCCCUGACGAGGUUCUGGGUAAAAUAUUGUCUUUAAUCCCCACCAAACAGGCUGUUUCAACAUCUCUCCUUGCUAAAAAGUGGAGGACUAUCUUUAGAUUGGUGGAUCAUCUCGAGUUAGAUGACUCUUUCUCGCUGCAAGCCGUAAAGGACCAAACACCAGGUCUCCGUAAACAUGUGAGGUUUGUGUUUACGGAGGACUUCAAGAUUUUUGUGGAUCGAACUCUGGCUUUGCAAUGUGAUUAUCCGAUCAAGAAUUUCUCUCUAAAAUGCCACGUUAGCAAGUACGAUGAGCGUCAGAAAGCUUGUGUUGGCCGCUGGAUAUCUAAUGUCGUAGGGCGCGGUGUUUUUGAACUGGACCUAAGGAUGAAAGAUCCAGGUAUACACUUUCUGCCUCCUCAUCUCGUCGCAAGCAAAACACUGGUUAAGCUGACGCUAGGCACACAGCUCUGUCUUGGACAGCUUCCUUCAUAUGUGUCACUUCCAUCUCUUAAGUCUCUCUUCAUUGAUACGAUAGUUUUCUACGACAUUGAAGAUUUGUGUUGUGUGCUACUUGCUGGUUGCCCCGUGCUUGAGGAGUUAUCAGUUCAUCACCAUGACUUUAUAGCAACGCCUCACACCAUAUCGAGUCCAACCCUUAAGAGACUAUCAGUUGAUUACCAUUGUCCUGAUGAUGUUGAUAGUGCUAGUCAUAUGUCAUUUGACCUCCCAAAACUUGUCUACCUUGAGUAUUCUCACUGCGCCUUGGGUGAGUAUUGGCAAAUUAAUCUGGAGUCCCUUGUCGAAGCUAAGCUGGACCUUGGUCUGGAAAGAAAGGUCCUAAGGAUGGAUGUAACGGAUCUCAUUAUAGGGAUAAGAAACGUCCAGAGCCUGCAUCUUUCUCCUGAUUCUGUUCAUGUGAUUUAUUCAUACUGUAGACAUGGGCUCCCGGUGUUUAAGAAUCUUGUUAAUCUAUCUUUUGGGAGUAAGAAUAAGCGAGGUUGGAGAUUACUGGCAAAUCUGCUUAAGCAGUCUACGAAGCUUGAAACUCUAAUUGUCAAGGAUCUAAAUGGUUACACUGGCGAUGUCUCCAUGCCUCUGAACAAAGUGACGUCGCUGCAUAUUCUUGGUUAUCGAGGAACUGCGGAUGAGGUUAAACAAUUGAAGAGCUUUAUAGGGGAAUUCGAAUGUCUUGAACUGGUUCAAGUGGAUGUUGCAGAAGCUGCAGAGGAUAAUGGCAAAAUAUUGCAAAGCAAAAGGGAUCUAAUGAUGCUGCUUGGAGUUUCACUUCCAUCCAAGUGCCAGUUCAAAGUCACAUAAGUUAUCUACUUCAUUCAUAAUACUAUGUAACAUUAAAACUCAUAUAAAUCUGGAUUUAAUACAAAGUCAGUUCUAGAUGAAUUGAAUGUUCGAGUCUCAGGGAUUUUAGUGAUAGGGGUUCUUGAUGGUAUCUUAAGGAACUUGAAUUACGAUAAUAAGACAAGAUGUGCGAAGCUAGCUUAUAGACUCUUUGUGUGGUCUGGAGAACAAGAGUGUUUCAGGCACACAGUUACUUCUUAUCAUUUUGCUGCACAUUUUGGGGAAAGGGAAUAAACCGCUCGCUGCUCUUACUACGUUGAACCAUAUGAAGGAAGUAGGAAUCGACCCGAGUGUCCUCCACUACACUACUUUGAUAGACGGUCUGAGCCGUGCAGGGAAUCUGGAGGCUUCUAGAUGAAAUGGUGAAAGCUGGGUCCAGACCGGAUGUUGUGUGUUACACCGUGAUAACAGGGUAUGUUGUAUCUGGAGAGCUCGACAAGGCAAAGGAGAUGUUUAGAGAGAUGACAGUGAAAGGGCAAUUACCGAAUGUAUUCACAUACAACUCAAUGAUUCGCGGGUUGUGUAUGGCGGGAGAGUUCAGAGAGGCGUGUUGGUUGUUAAAGGAAAUGGAAUCUAGAGGGUGUAACCCGAAUUUCGUAGUGUAUAGUACAUUGGUGGGCUAUUUAAGAAAGGCAGGGAAGCUUUCAGAGGCUCGCAAGGUAAUAAAAGAGAUGGUGAAGAAAGGACAUUAUGUUCAUUUAGUUUCAAAGAUGAUGAAAUAUAGGAGAUGAUAAUUUAGGUUGUUUGUUCUCUUCUUUACCCAUUUUUGUAACUUAAAUUCUUGUUCAUUUCCUAAAAAAGGAGAAUAUUAGUAGG